GUGUCAAAAGUUUAUUUCGAAUGUAGGGAAGAUGAUAUACCAAAGGAGAAGAAGUGAAAAAGAACGGGUCAAACCUACGUCUCGGGUAAAAAAGAAAAUACGUAUCCCACACGUGAAAGUUAUUUACUCUUACUCUAUUAAGGUUGUAAUUUCAAAUCUACGUCUCGGGUCAAAACCGAAACAAAAAAUUAUCAGGAGUUUGUCAAUCAGUCAUUUUGGUGUCCCUGAAAGACAUUUAUGGUAAAACCUUUACACAGGAGAGACUAGGCAUAUAAUGCCCAACCCUACAGUAAUGUGUGUGUUCAGUUCAACAUUAGCUUAAGCCUGAUGCAGAGUAGUGUAUACAAACAACAGAUGAGAGAAGCGAAACCAGUAAGUUGUCAAGAGGCGCCUUUUCUAAUGUCUUAGAUUAUUGCUACUUGCUAGUUUGUGCCACAAAGAACCAAACAGAAAAGGACAUUAAAAUCUGAACAGAAUAAAAAUUACACAAAUGGCUCACUUGAGUGACACCCAUUUAUCAAUAAUGCAGGACUAGAUGCUUUGUUAUAGGUUCCUUCCAAAAGAAAACCUUACAGAUAUGCUAAGACCUUCCCAGUGCACAACAAAAAAUAGUGGACGAAUCCUUGAACGGGUCGGACAUGAAGUACUGGUGUAUGACUAAACAAGCUCACAUGUCGGACUGAUAUUAAGCCAAAAUAUAUUUACAAAAACCAACCUGCACUGUAUCCUUGCCGCUCUAAGAAUAAGUAGAAUCACUAAAUAAUAUUCUUCAAGGGUCAAGCCAUAUUCAGGCUACAACAGCAUAAAAAUUCUCAGUAAGGCUCACCAUAAAGCUCCAACAGAUAGCUUGCUACACUCAAAUGAAAAUGAUGGCCUAUUCUCCGCUUCUUCCCCUAUAUAUGAUGCUUUCCCAACAGAAACACAGGCAUCACAGCUCGUAUCCAUUUAUACUUCAUUCCAAGGGGUUUUGUUCACCAUGGCUGUGAUUCCAUUUCUUUUUCUUGUUUUCAUGCUUAGCUUCUCUCAUGGGAUUGCUCAGGAAACCGAGCUUUCUCCUGUCCCUACGAAAACGAGCAAUUUACAGACAUACAUUGUCCAUGUAAUGCAACCAGAGGGUAAAGUUUUUGCCCAAACAGAAGACCUGGCGAGCUGGCACAAAUCUUUUCUGCCAUCUAAGACAGCAAGCUCUGAUGAGCAAACACGCCUCCUUUACUCCUACAAAACUGUGAUCAGUGGUUUUUCAGCAAGGCUAACUCAAGAGGAAGUGAAAGCGAUGGAACAGAUGGAUGGUUUUGUGGCGGCACAUCCUGAACGAGUGUUUCGUCGGAAAACCACACACACUCCCAGCUUCUUGGGGCUGAACCAACAAGCGGGAAUUUGGAAAGACUCAAACUUUGGGAAGGGAGUGAUCAUUGGAGUACUGGAUGGUGGAGUAUUCCCCAGCCACCCUUCAUUUAGUGGUGCAGGAAUUCCACCUCCACCUGCUAAAUGGAAAGGGAGGUGUGACUUCAAUGUGUCAGAAUGCAAUAAUAAAUUAAUUGGAGCACAGUCGUUCAAUCUUGCAGCCAUGGCAUUGAAGGGAGCGAAAGCUGAACCGCCAACUGAUGAAGACGGACAUGGAACACACACAGCAAGCACAGCUGGUGGAGCGUUUGUGCAAAACGCUGAAGCGCUAGGAAAUGCCAAAGGCACAGCAGUUGGGAUGGCACCUUAUGCUCACCUGGCAAUAUACAAAGUCUGUUUUGGAGAACCCUGUCCAGAAAGUGAUAUCCUAGCUGCCCUUGAAGCUGCUGUUCACGAUGGUGUUGAUGUGAUCUCAAUCUCCCUUGGAGAAGAUCCAGUUCCAUUUUUCCAGGACAGUACUGCAAUUGGUUCAUUUGCAGCAAUGCAAAAGGGAAUAUUUGUUAGUUGUUCAGCUGGAAAUUCUGGUCCAUUUAACGGCACAUUAUCUAAUGAAGCCCCUUGGAUUCUCACAGUUGGAGCAAGCACCCUUGAUAGACGCAUUGUAGCCUCAGCCAAGCUUGGAAAUGGAUUAGUAUUUGAUGGUGAAUCUCUCUUUCAGCCAAAAGAUUUCCCUUCAACAUUAUUGCCUCUUGUUUAUGCUGGAGUAAAUGGCAAAGCAGAGUCUGCAUUUUGCGCUGAAGGAUCCUUAAGAAACAUCAGUGUGAAAGGUAAGGUGGUUGUGUGUGAGAGAGGUGGGGGAAUAGGAAGAAUUGACAAGGGAGUGGAAGUGAAAAAUGCAGGGGGUGCGGCCAUGAUUCUACUGAAUGCGGAAACUGAUGGAUUCAGUACCUCAGCUGAUGCUCAUGUUCUUCCUGCAGCACAUGUGACCCAUGCAGCUGGACUGAAGAUCAAAGCAUACAUAAAUUCGACAGCAACACCAACAGCAACAAUCUUAUUCAAAGGAACUGUCAUCGGAGACUCAACAUCUCCAGCUGUUGCUUCCUUCUCUUCAAGAGGCCCCAGCCAGGCAAGUCCAGGAAUUCUGAAACCAGACAUAAUUGGACCAGGUGUAAACAUCCUUGCUGCAUGGCCAUUCCCUCUUGACAACAACACAAAAUCAACAUCCACUUUUAAUAUAAUUUCCGGAACAUCAAUGUCAUGUCCGCAUCUCAGUGGAAUUGCAGCUUUGCUCAAGAGCUCUCACCCAUACUGGUCACCAGCUGCCAUUAAAUCUGCUAUAAUGACUUCUGCUGAUCUUCUAAACUUGCAAGGCAAACAGAUUUUUGAUGAAACACUUCAGACUGCAGAUAUCUUAGCCACCGGUGCGGGCCAUGUCAAUCCAUCAAAGGCGACCGACCCAGGACUGAUAUAUGAUAUUCAACCUGAUGAUUAUAUUCCAUAUCUUUGUGGCUUGGGCUACAAUGAUACUGGAGUCAGUAUCCUCGCGCACAGACCAAUAAAGUGCUCAAAGGUAUCAAGCAUCCCUGAAGGAGAGCUGAACUACCCUUCAUUUUCUGUCAAGAUGGGACCAUCUCAGACAUUCACAAGAACUGUGACAAAUGUUGGUGCCCCAUAUUCCACUUAUUCGGUCAAGGUAUAUGCACCACUCGGAACCUAUGUGACUAUCAAACCCAGCACGCUUUACUUUACAGAGGUGAACCAGAAGGCGUCAUAUUCAGUGACAUUCAGUCGUACUUCAGGAGGUAAAGCUGGUGCAUUCACACAGGGAUUUAUAACAUGGGCUUCUACUAAACACGUUGUCCGGAGUCCAGUUUCUGUUUUAUUUCAGUGAGAUGCAUGUUGUAUAUUGGGCUUGCAGUGAUUUGCAGUGUCAUCAGACUUCAUGGUGCUAUGUGUGAUUACUUUUGUAUACCUACUCAUUUCUUUACGUUUUCUAUAAUAUAUGGUUAAUUUCUUAAUGGAGACAACUCAGACUCUAUGCAAAGAAUAUUAACCAAGAAACUAAAAACAAGGUACCAGACAGAUGAAGGAUGACUAAAAGAGAUUAAAAAAAAAAAAAAAAAAAAACAAAGAUGAAUAUGAAAUAUGAUAAAAACAGGUUCCAGUAAGAAGAGACAUAACACAUAUAUCUCCCAAGACUAAAAGGCAAAGGGUAAUUCAAUAACACAACCCACUUUCUCACGUCUGACCUAAACUUUAUGUCUAAACUUUUCAGUAACAAAUAUUACUGAUAGAAAUCUAAUCACUUAAACUUAUCCCUUCCCCUUUUUUGCACACAGUUAGUAAAUAAUAAAGAACCGUGGAGAAAUUAAUCCUUAUGUGACAAUGACAAAUGUUCUAAAUGUUGUCAAAGCU